UAAAUCCAUUUAAUUAUCCGUAGGGCACGAGAAAAAUCUUAACGAAAGAAUUAAUUUGGGCGAUCGAUGCCGACACACCGUCAGACAUGUUGGUUUACACGGUCUUACGUACCGACGCGGAUGCUGGAUACGUGGAAAGAGUGACUUAUCCGUCGCGACCUAUCGACACGUUUACCCAGGCUGAAUUAAUGCAAGGAUUAAUUGCAUACGUACACCGUGGAAACGCGAAACCGAACGCGAAGCUUGAUCUUCAGGUGAGCGAUGGUAUAGAGAGCAGUGAACCGGCGAGUUUAAGGGUGGCAGCUCAUCCUUUAGAGAUCAAGUUGAUGCACAACACGGGACUGGUCGUGGUGCAUCGGUCCUAUUCAUACCUGACACCGGCGAAUCUCUCUUUCACCACAAAUUCCGACGACAACACCAUCGAUAUACGUUACGACAUCGUGUCGAAAUCGCAAUUUGGCGCGAUUCAGAAGCUGAAGGACGUCUCGAGCAGCUGGAUCAACGUCGACCAUUUCACGAGCAGGGACAUCGAGUUGCACACGAUACGCUAUCUUCACAACGAGGGAAGCCCGAAUCAGGACGAGUUUAAGUUUCAAGCUAGCGUUAGAGAGGUGAGAGCUCAACACACCUACGAUUUUCGGAUCACUUUCAUCGAUCUCGAGUUGAAAGAAGCCAAGAGGAUACCCGUUAACUUUACAAACGUGGCGGAAGUGAUCGUCACCGGGCAAAAUCUAAGGUAUCAAACGAACCCGCUGAUAACCGCGGUCAACAAGAUCGUUUUUACCGUGACGAUGGGACCAAGAUACGGUAAUUUGUUCCUUUCCUCGGGUCGAAAACUAGAAGUCGGAGACACGUUCGCUCAAGAGGAUAUCGACUCCGGCAAAUUGAAAUAUCGACUGUUCAAGAGGGCCUAUUCCACGAUUCUCGAUGAAUUCGGUUUCAAAGUGAGCGCGCCACAGUGCAUCGAUUUACACUCCACGUUCAAAUUCAGGCAUUAUCUCAGCAAAAACGUGAAACCUUUGGACAGCGUGGAAACCGUGAGGGUCGACGAAGGAUCCAGAGUGCCUCUAAGAAUUCUUCGGACGAAUCCAAAGGAUUACGGGGUUACAUCGUUAAUCUAUAACUUGACCAUAGUUCCGCAUCACGGUUGGUUGACCGUCACCAACGAUUCCAAGUCUCACUCGCGAAACAACACCUCCCACUUUACUUCCGACGAACUUUCGUCCCAAAAAGUGUACUACGUUCACGAUGACUCGGAGACGAGGGAAGAUUCGUUCCAAUUCGUCGCUAUCGCCUCGGACAUUGUCGAUUUCAUGUACGUGGGCGUGUUUCGGGUCGAAGUGACGAUGAAGAACGACAACGCGCCGGAACGAGUGGUUCACAAAGUGUUUCACGUGGUGUCCAAGGGCGAGAGAUUACUCACGAGCAAGGAUCUUGCCUAUACGGACAAAGAUAUCGAUACGAAGCCUAACGAAUUGAUAUACACGAGAAGAGAUACGCAGAAGAACGGAAUAUACAGGAUAACCAAUCCCACGUCGCAGAUACACGAGUUCAGUCAACAAGACAUCGACGACGGCCAGAUAUUGUUCAAACAUCAGGGCGAGGAUCAUGGAAAAUUCGAGUUUGGCGUUACCGACGGCUAUUUUUACACGGCCGGUGUCCUUGAAAUUCAAGCCAGCCCUCCUUACGUGAGAUUGAGAGAGAGCAAUGGAUCCGUAGUGCAGUUCAAUCGAUCGGUCGCUCUUCGUCCGAACGAGUUAGACGUUGAAACGAAUGUGUACACAACGGACAAAGAUAUCAAAUACGCGAUACUGGAAAAACCGAAGCACGGAGUGCUGUUGAAGCACGGUAGAGAAACUAAUGCGUUCAACAAAGAGAAUUUGCGUUAUGGCAUAGUGUUGUACAAACAUCUCGGAGGAUCUUUGACGAAGGAUGAUUUUAAAUUCAAGGUAUCGACCAAGGGUGCAGAGACAGAGGGGAUGUUCCUGAUUAAAAUUUAUCCCGAAAGUUAUUGGCAACCGUUGAUCGUUCAAAACAAUAAAACGGUGUUCGUGGAGGAAGCUACUAGUAUCUUGUUGAACAGAAAAAGUCUCGAGAUCAUGCAUCCCAAGAUACCAGACUCCGAAAUAGUAUAUUUUUUGAAAGAGUGGCCACAGAAUGGAUAUCUGGAGCUACAAAUUCACGACGAGCAUAGUGACGAGACUCGAGAGGAUUAUAUCGGAAACGCGGUGAAAUCUUUCGAUCAAAGCAUGAUAAACGAGGGCCGUGUGUUCUACGUGCAAUCCGUGAUGAAUCAGACCAACGAUAAAUUCGUCGUCGAUGUGACCAAUGGAAUAACUUGGUUACGCGAUCUCAACGUCAAUUUUGUGAUCGUUCCGGAAAAACUUUACGUCGAGGCGAAGGGUAUCGUCGUGGUCGAGGGAAAGAGUACCAUUCUCGAUGAAACCAACUUUUCCAUCCUCACCCCUUACUAUUCCAACAAAGUGACCAAUUUUCGAAUCGAGGAAAAACCGAAACACGGCACGAUACUGGAAUCGACCAAGAAUUCCGAGACGAAAAAGUCCUCGUUCAAACAUUUAAACGGUGGAAUAAUAUUGUACAAACACAAUGGGGAUGAAUUUUCCAGAGAUUCGUUCAAGAUGGUCCUCAUUGCGGGGGAUAAAACGAGCGAACCGUUCGACGUUUGGGUGACGGUGCAACCCGUUAACGACGAGGUGCCCGUGCUGGUUAACAGGACGAAAUUAACCGUUUGGCAAGGUGGAUCGAUCACGUUAACGCCCGAUAAUUUAGCGGCUGUUGAUAACGAUACCACGGCACGUGAUAUAACAUUUAACGUCAGUGGAGUUCGAAAUGGAUUAAUCUCGUUAAAAUCUUCCCCGGAGGUGGAUAUUUACAAUUUCACUCAGGAACAAAUUGAUCGAUCGAAAGUCAUGUUCACGCAUACGAAUGGAUCCGACGCCGAGUUCAAUUUCGUACUCUACGAUGGUGUACACGCUACGGAAUCUUAUACGAUACUGGUCACCACGAAACCGAUCCGAUUGAACAUCGAGCAAAACGUUGCUUUGAACGUUUUUCCGCUGACCAGAAAAAUGAUAUCCAGUAAAUUAUUGUUAACUAAAUGCUCGGACGAGACUCGGGAGAUAAAAUACACGGUGCGAAAUGGACCGCAUCUUGGAAAAAUCAUCAUGGAGACGAGCGAGGGUGCAUGGUUGAACGUCGAACGAUUCACGCAAACGGAUGUUAACAAUAGCAAAGUUUUCUACGAACAUACCAAACAAUUUAUGGAUUUGACUGCCAAUGAUUCGUUCACGUUCGACGUGGAGGCACAUUUCGCGGAAUCCUUAACCAAUCAGGUAUUUCAAAUAGAUAUCUCAGUCUCCAGCGGUGGAUUGGACAGAUAUGUCUCCGUAAAGAACGUGAGGGUCGAAGAAGGUGGUUCGGCUCAGGUAGUGAUGAACAUAAGCGGAAUCGUGUCGUUCCUUCAAACUCACGCUGGAAUCGAGAAUCCGGCGGUACUCUCGAGGUUGGUCAAUCAACCUAGUCACGGCCACGUGAUGAUCGUCCCGGAUUUAAACGUUACCACUUUCUCUCAACCCCAGAUCGAAGGUGGAAAGAUCGCCUAUUAUCACGAUCAUUCGGAUACUUUGGAAGAUCGUAUCAAUUUUUCUCUUUACUUGACUCCUGGUCACAUCCUUCUGUGCAACACCAGUAUUCCCGUGAUAAUCGAACCCGUGAACGACGAGCCGUUCAAAUUAAUCACAAACGCACCGUCCAUCACGGUGGUUCAAAAUCAGAAUCAAACGAUAACCAGAGAGAGUUUGUUAACGAUCGAUCCGGACACUCCGCCGGAAGAAAUCGUAUACGACGUGAUAUCCAAACCGACGUUCGGUCGCCUAUUGCUUCUACCGUUCAACGAGAAUAUCUCGGAAGUUCGUCAAGUGAACAAAUUCACGCAGCACGACGUUGAUUCCAAUCGAUUGGUGUACGAGCACAAUGGACCUCUUCAAGCGGCCUCAUUUUACUUCAGAGUUUGGGAUGGACGGUUCAACCCGAUGUACACGGUGUUCAACGUCUACGUUUUACCCAUCAAACUGAACGUCACCGUCUUAGGUCCUGUAAAUCUCCAGCAAGGAUCGAACGUGGCUCUAAUUUCCGAGAGCACUGUGAAACUAGACACUAACGCGAGGCAAGAUUUAGUCAUUUACGACAUAACGACAACCCCGAAGUAUGGAGUGUUAUACGUGCGCGAUGGAGCGGCGGUUAGUUUCAAACAAACAGAUUUGCUGUCGAAAAGCGUGAUGUUUAUGCAAACGGAUAUGACCGUGUCGAACGACAGUCUCGAGCUGACCGCACGAUUGAGCGGAUUUGAACAGAAGCGUAUAAGAAUUGAUAUCAAGGUAGUACCUCUGAUGAUUAUAAAUCCUAUGAUCGCUUUGGCAGGCGAGAAGACUAGAAUAACGUUGCAGUAUAUGGAUGCCACGCCAUUGGCUAAAUUGACCAGCAGUAAUCCGAUAUACACGAUUAUCAAAAAACCGAAAUUUGGUAAAAUAAAGAGAAUCAUAAGAAGUUCCUUCUCGUCCGGCGAGAAACGAGGAACUCGAGAAAAAGAGGUGACGAAAUUCUCUCAUCAAGAGGUGAUGUCGGGUGUGAUUUAUAUGGUUUGCAAAAAAAUUCCAACAAUGGAAUACGACGGGGUAAUGGAUAGUUUCGCGUUUAUCUUAGCGGCCUCCAUCUUUCAACCAGCCGUGGGCGAGUUCGAUUUUCGCGUGAAACUCGACAUGGAUGAAUAUAACAUCACGUUAGGUGGUCCAAUGGACCCGGUAGGUCACGAGGGUGAAAUGGCGAUCGCCCCCAACAUGAGCAACGAUUAUCUGUUAAUUCUAGGAAUGCUACUAGGCGUAUUCUUGCUCGGUGUAGUGGUGAUAAUCACUAUUAGGUGUAGGCAAAAUAAAUACAAACACGCCGAGGAGGAGAAACCAGAACCGACCCCAGCAGUGGGUGUGAUGCCUCUGCCAAGACCUCCGGACCAUUUAAUGCCCGUCACCCCUCACGUGAAACGUUACGCGAACGAUCAUAACAGCGUGACAGCGAGUACUCCAUUGCCAGUUCUACCGACCAUGACGUCGACCCUACCUCAAUGCAAAGUGAUACCCCUCAGCCCUCUGGAAAGUAUCACAGGAUCCGAAAUGGAUGUUUCGGCCAAAUAUCCGUACGGUGUCGCGGAUGGGGACGAAUGGAGCAGUUUCGACACAUCCGAUCUACCUUGCCAAUCGAGCACCACACAAAGGACCAACAAUCCCUUGCUAAGAAGAAAUCAAUAUUGGGUCUAGCAAAAGGAGGGCUGUUCGCGAUUAAAGCGAAACAGGCCGUAACACUUUCUCAAAUUUGAAGACUGUUUUUUGUUACGAAACUUGAGACUAAUCGUCGAUUAACUAUGGUCUUAAUGUGCCUAAAAAUAAUAAUUGACUCCGCGAAAGGGGAUAUUAUCGAAAGCCUCGAUUUUAUAUCGGAAAUUUUGACGGAAACUCUUUUUCCCGGCAUCGACUCUUCCGCGAUCCAAGAUUGUAUUACUUAUAUCGUUAAUAAGUCGUCGAUAUAUCGUCGAUAAGUCGAGGAUCAGAGUUUCCAUCGACUUUUUUGUUCUUUUGUUACACUAUAAGCGACUCUGACAAGAGUGCUAAGUAUACAUAUAUUUCAACUAGUAAAAUUUUGCGUGGUUUGCGC